UCAGAGGUCACGAGCUCCUCCCGCUGCCUUCUUCGUCGCGAUGUAGGGGAGUGUCGCAGGUGUCCUGCUGUUGCUGUUUCGGAAGGGGGAUUGGACUCAAGUAGGGCAAUCCCCACCCAGGUCUUCUCGUGGCCGACUUCGGGUCCCUGCUGGCCCAAAAGCCGCCGGCGUCGCCAUGUUUGGCUGUUUGGUGGCGGGGAGGCUGGUGCAAACAGCAGCACAGCAAGUGGCAGAGGAUAAAUUUGUUUUUGAUUUGCCUGAUUAUGAAAAUAUAAACCAUGUUGUGGUUUUUAUGCUGGGAACAGUCCCAUUUCCUGAGGGGAUGGGAGGAUCUGUCUAUUUUUCUUAUCCUGACUCAAAUGGAAUGCCAGUAUGGCAGCUUUUAGGAUUUGUCACCAAUGGAAAACCAAGUGCCAUCUUCAAAAUUUCAGGUCUUAAAGCUGGAGAAGGAAGCCAACAUCCUUUUGGAGCCAUGAAUAUUGUACGAACUCCUUCUGUUGCUCAGAUUGGAAUUUCAGUGGAAUUAUUGGAGAGUUUGGCUCAACAGACUCCAGUAGGCAAUGCUGCUGUAUCCUCGGUAGACUCAUUCACACAGUUCACACAAAAGAUGUUGGACAACUUCUACAAUUUUGCUUCAUCGUUUGCUAUCUCUCAGGCCCAGAUGACACCAAAUCCAUCUGAAAUGUUCAUUCCAGCAAAUGUGGUUCUGAAAUGGUAUGAAAACUUUCAAAGACGACUGGCACAGAACCCUCUCUUUUGGAAAACAUAAUUUUAAUAAAGUCGUUUUUAAUGGAUUA